ACUUUCCAAUCAGGGAGAGACAAGUGAUAAUGAUUCGAUUAUACAACCAUUUGAACUGUUAGCUACUACAGAUUCUGAGCCACCUUCGAGAUAUCUUCAAGCUGUGUCACAGAACUCAAGGAAUGGACCUCUGGAAGAGUCUUCAUUUCCUCCUCUCCCCAUCGUACCUAAUACCAGUCAACAAAAGCCCAAACAUGAUCAUGAAGGUUUAUCUAGGAACACUAUGGCAACGCAUCUCCGCCGCCAAAACAACCGAAAGGUGACUGUCCUCAAUGCUGCUCAGGCCUGGCCUGCGGCAAGUCAUGUAUCUGUGCCAUCAGCAAUUAGUCCGGCUCAUAUUAGGCCUACAGCAAAUAAUGCUUCUGGGUUGUCAUCUAGUUCUGGCCAGAAUAAGCCAAUGACAGACCAUGGACCUGUACCAGCUAGUUAUGCAAGUUCUGUUCAGGCUCGACCCUCACCUGUUCAUGAACACUUUUCCGCUGGUUCUUUUAGUUCAUCAAGGAAUUGGGGGAGCAGCAAUAUGCUUAGCCAUUCCACGUCUGCCCCAAACCUCGUGGACACUGGAUUUUCUGACUCUUCCAUAUCGGAUUUUCCGCCAGUUUAUGCAGCGCAGCCACGGAAGUUUCCUGCAAGUGGCCAGGCUAUGCUGAACGUAGAUGUUCACACUGCAAACAAGUCCUUGGUGGAAAGAAUACGUGCUGAUUUGGAGUUUGAUCAUGAUAAAUACAGUGCCUUUAAAGAUAUAUCUGCAGAAUAUCGUCUAGGCCUAUUGGAUGCAGAAACAUAUUUGGCUUACGUGGAGCAGUUUGGCUUGUCUCAUCUUGUACUUGAGUUGGCUAGACUGUGUCCUGAUACUCGGAAACAGAAAGAGCUUGUUGAUACCUACAAUGCUACUUUGGUAAGCAAUGGGUCACGGGAAAAUAGUUGGAGAAAUGGCAGCAUUCACUUGAAAGAUGGUGAUGGUUCCAAAAAAGGUAAAGUGAAGUCAGUAGAUGUUGGAAGCAGUGGUUCAAAGGAUAACUUAGCAGAUGCCAUCAUAAGCACUGUGCGGAAACUGCAGUCAAGCUACCAGCCCUCAGAUGAAGAGGAGGUGUUAUCAAAGGAUGGGUAUCGGGCUGCCAAAGGCAAAUCAAAGAUGGUAGUUGAUGAACCGCAAGUAGAAUUUAGUUCUCCUAGUCAAACUUUAAAGCUGAAAGGUCAAAGUAAUUCUUUGUCAGUUGGUGUUGUGUCUAAUCAAAUUUUGGGGGAUGGAGGUGGUAAAAGUAAGCAACGUAAGAAAACCUCCAAGUUCCAUCGAGUCCGCCUUGGUGAUGGCUCAGUGGCAGCACUUUUAGAUCUUAAAAAUUCUGAUCCUGCUGAUCCAAAUCCAGAUUUAGAGGAGGAGGUAGCAGUAGAUGGGUCCAAGAACUCGACUGAAGGUUUGCCUGUGCAUGGUGUUUGGCGAAAUGGUGGAGGUCAAAGGCUUUUGGCGAAGAAAUCAAGAGACCCCAAAACAUAAUGCACUUUGCAAUUUCUUUUUCUUUUGGCAAAAAGGUACCAGCAAUUAAUGACUAAGUUGUCUUAAGGAAACCUACAUCUUCCGGAGCUGGCUUAUCUGAUUUUGUUGUCUAGGCAUGGUAAUUAUGGUUUCAGAACAGAGUUUUCUUGAGUUGAACAGAAUUUGCCUGAAGCGGCUAUAAUCUAUGCCUCGGUCAAGGUAUGUCCUGGUCAUUAUAAGUAUUCACGUGUGUUGAGACUAGUUUGUAUAAUCUAGGCCUCAGUCACAGUGUUGGGUUGGCAGUUCUGCUUCAAUUUUAUACGUAGCCUUGGAUAUAUUGGCAACUCAUUUAGUGCUAUAUGUGUUUUCAAUUUUUUGGUAUUUGUAUUGCCGGCACACUUGAGAAGUGCCAUGGGAACCUCGUUUCUUCAAUUGUAAUAUCCACACAUAUAUAAGCUGUCAAAUAUUUGGUAUUCCCUAG